CCCUCCUUUCCUCCUCCCCGCCCCACCAACACUCCCAAGCCACCACCAGCCAUCCCAUCUCCACUCGUCCACAGCCAAAAUCCGCCUACCCAAUCCCCAUCCAUCCAGCGCCCACCCACCACCGUUCCAGUGAGUUCGAGCGAGGUAAGCUUAGAUCUGAGCGAGUUCUCGCGCGUCGCAGGUAAAGUUCACUCUCCUGACCCUCUUCCUCCUCUCCUUGUUCUUCUUGGUUUCGUCUUCCUCGAGCAGACAGCGAGAGACCCGGGACGUUUUAGAUCCUGGGCUUCAGAUCUGCUAUUUCUUCUUCAGCUUGGUUUUUAGCAGUCUAGGUUGCUAGUUUGGUAGCCAAGAGGGGUUCUUUUUCCACACCUCCCUUGUGCAAGUCCGUGCGCAGAUCUACCAUCAGAGCCAUCUGUUUUUUACUGUGGCUGUUGGGUUCUGCCUGAUUUGUUCUUGGUUUGCUAGAAAGAAAAAAAAACAAAAAAAAGAGUUUUCUUCAGGUCUACUACUAAAGUCUAGAUGGCUGCCGCUAUAGAUCUGUCCGGGGAGGAGCUGAUGAGAGCUCUCGAGCCUUUUAUCCGGGAUGCCUCUGCUCCUCACGGGUCCAGUCCGCUUCUCCAACACCACCACCCUCUCAGUCCCACCUCUCCCUUCUCCUUCCACCACGCCGCCGCCUACGGUGGCGGGUACCCGUUCGCCGCCGGAGCCGAGGGGGCGGGCCAGCUGAGCCCGGCCCAGAUGCAGUACAUCCAGGCCCGCCUCCACCUGCAGCGCCAGGCGCAGUCCUCCGUCCUGGGCCCGCGGGCCCAGCCCAUGAAGGUCUCGUCGGCGUCUGCGGCGGCCCCGACCCCGCCGCGGCCGCAGAAGCUGUACCGCGGCGUGCGGCAGCGGCACUGGGGCAAGUGGGUGGCGGAGAUCCGCCUCCCGCGCAACCGCACCCGCCUCUGGCUCGGCACCUUCGACACCGCCGAGGAGGCAGCGCUCGCCUACGACCAGGCCGCCUACCGCCUCCGCGGCGACGCGGCGCGCCUCAACUUCCCCGACAACGCCGCCUCCCGCGGCCCGCUCCACGUCUCCGUCGACGCCAAGCUCCAGCAGCUCUGCCAGAACAUCGCCGCAUCCAAGAAGGGCGCCAAGAAGUCCGCCGCAGCCGCCACGUCAUCCUCCGCCCCCACCAGCAAUUGCUCAUCGCCGUCCUCCGACGACGCGACCUCGUCCUGCCUCGAGUCCGCCGCCGAGUCCUCGUGUCCGUCCCCGUCGCCGUCCGCCUCGCCCGAGUCGACGGUGCCGGAGAUGCAGCAGCUGGACUUCAGCGAGGCACCGUGGGACGAGGCCGCCGGCUUCGCCCUCACCAAGUACCCGUCGUACGAGAUCGACUGGGACUCCCUCCUCGCCGCCAAUUAACCACCCGCCAUUCCUUCUUGGCUCCUACUACUACUACAGCAGCAGAAGCUUAACGGCCGUCGCGCAGAUGGGAUUUUUGACAUCUCGCGCGGGCAUUAGUGGAUUAUUACCUCUAAUCCCGUUCGUUUUGUGUAGAUGUUUCAGAAUUCGUUUCGGGUGUACUCAUGUCAGUCAGUUGUAGAUGUCUGUUAGGGUUUGGUUCCCGGAGGGGAGAACCAACCGAUGGGAGGCCGGCGUUUUUGUGUCCGGCGUCUCCCGGUGGUCGGUCGGCCACUGGUCAGUGGCUCCGGCCGGUGAAGUGUCCAUUGUUCUAGCUUUUGUUUCUUGGUAGAUGGUGCUGCUCUACAGGUUGUAAGAACAGCAGGGUGUGAUGUGAUAUUAUUAGUAUGAUGUAAAAUCAGCUCGUUGGGUCGAGGACUUGUAAUCUGAUGAACUACUAUUGUUAGUGCUAUAUUAUCUUGUUGUAAAAAACUCUGCGUUGUGCAAUCGUAGUACUUGUUCCA